GGAGAAAGAAUCAAUUUAGUGUAAAUAUUUUAGUUAAUAGGGUAUUUCUGUUACCUGCCCUAAAGUCUUUUUUUUUUCCCUUCCACUCAAUUUUCUGGGUUUUGGAGCUAGGGGUUGAUCUCGCUUCCUACCAAUUCCCCUUGUGCCAAAGCUUCCCUCUUUUGUUUGUAGCUGUAGGUAAAUUAUGUCUUUGGAUAGUUACAUAAAGAAGUGGCUGGGACCUCUCCACCCAGCUUGGAAAAGGGAAGCAAAGCAGCCUCGUUACAGUCAAGAAAUUUUCGGUGAAAUUAUGGAUGAAUUUGAGAAAAGCAGAAAUUCCCUUCCGUGCCAGGUGAUGUUCAAUUUGUAUCCUCAGAAUGAGAAUAUAGAUAUUUAUACCAAAAGGGCUUCUUUAAAAGCUUCUCCAUCUGUCGUUUUUCUUCAAUUUUUCUCUGGAGAAGAUGCGACAUGUGAAUGUUCUGGCUUUAUUAUUGAAAGCACUAAUACAUACACCAUAAUAUUAACGGCCGCAAGUACAAGUUUUGAAACUGAUGAUACCAAGGUUAUCGUGCACGUGUCAGAUGGAAGAUCAUUUGAUGGUCAAAUUGAGGCCUAUGAUCUCCAUUAUAAUAUAGCUGCCAUAAAAAUUCAAUUAGACACACCGCUUCCAACUGCAUCUCUGGCUUAUUUAGAUGAUUCCAUCACAAUUGAUCCAAGUCACAAUGUUAAAGAGGAAUCAUUUCAACUUCGUCCCCAUUCAAGUUCCUUUAAUAUUAUUCCUGGAGAUCUAGUUAUAGCGCUUGGCCGUUUUAUUAGACACCCCUACUUUCAAGGCCAUUCUAUCAUGGCUGCUCCUGGUUUAUUCAGCAUUAGUCGUUGCCGCCAUGACUGUAAAGAGCUUUUCACAGCGUCUUGCAGAAUUACAAGCUGCGGUAUCGGGGGUCCACUUAUCAACAGGUUUGGAGGAGUUAUCGGUAUCUGCUUGCAUGAUGACAUAUCUACUGCAUUUUUGCCGAUUAAUAUAGCUUCCAUAUGGUGGGAGCAUUAUAAGAAAUAUGGGAAAACACGUCGACCGUGGCUCGGGAUGGAAGUUACUAAUCUUUAUGCAGCUCCAAUAGAAAUUUUGGAAAGAAUCAUUCAGAAGUUUCCAGAUGUCUUGAAAGGUGUUAUUGUUGAAGAGGUUGCACCUGGUUCUUCUGCAGAAGCUGCGGGGAUAAAAUACAAUGAUGUAAUAAUUCAAUUUGGUGGGAAAAGAAUUGAGUGCGUCUUGGAGUUAUUUGAAAGUACAUGGAACAAGGUUGGAGAACUUGUGAAGUUGGUUGUCAUAAGAGCAAGUGAUGAUGUUCCUGUGCAUCUUAGCAUGGUGCUGGAUGAGGCAAGAUCUGAAUAAUUUAUCCUGAUAAAAGUAGUCAGGAGCUAUGCCGCUGAUGACGUUUGUGAAACAUUCCAUGGUGGAAACAUUGGGUAUCGAAUUGGAAGUCUGAAAUUCUCAAGAGUACUUGUUGAUUAUUAUUUGCAGUAGAAAUACUAUUUGGUUUUUGGUAGUAUUUCAACUUGCUUAUUCCUAUUGCUAGAGUAUAAAAUUAGAAUGUUUUGUGUAUGAUAUAUCAAGUAAAAUUGGGAUGUUUGGCAA